UUUGUUACACCAGUAUUUUUGUUGUUUCUAUGAUUCAUUAUAAGAAUUAUGAACUUGGAUAAAUUAGGGUAAGCUCAUUAGGAGAAUACACAGAGUGGGCUCUAAUGAUAAUUUUUUUUUUUUCUUAUGUUGAGCAUAUAAUUGAUGUCCUGAAUUUGAAAUUGAAUUUUUUUUUUUUUAAUUUUGGUCAUUAAAAUUAUUGAUUAUAUUUGAUAUGACAUGUAAUAAUAUAUUUUUACAGCAUUACAUUGUUUACAUGGGCACCCACUCGUUUCGGAACUCUGAAACUUUGAUCUCCUGUAAUCAUGAAAUGCUAGCCUCAUUUGUUGGCAGUAUUGAUGGUGCUCAACAAGCCAUAAUCCACCACUAUCACAAGAGUUUUAGAGGUUUUUCGGCCAUGCUUACAUCAGAACAAGCUGAACAAAUUGCAAAAAACAAUUCAGUUAUUUCAGUUUUUGAGAGCAAGGUACAUCAACUUCAUACCUCAAGGUCAUGGGAUUUCAUGGGGGCUACUGCUGACAGUCUAUACUCUCAUAUAUCGGUAGACAGGAACUACGAGUAUGAUGUAAUUGUUGGUCACCUUGAUAGUGGAGUUUGGCCAGAGUCACCAAGUUUCAGCCAAAAUGGGCUGGGUCCAGUACCAAAGAGAUUCAAGGGGGAAUGUGUAACAGGAGAGGAAUUUUCAUCCACAAAUUGUAACAGGAAAAUAAUAGGUGCUCGCUACUAUCACCAAGGAUUUGAGACAGAAAACGGUCCUUUGGAAAAUUAUGCAAAUGGGCGAACCUUGUUCCGGUCGCCUCGUGAUGAUUAUGGACAUGGCAGCCACACUGCUUCCACGGCCGUUGGAUCACUGGUCCAAGACGUAACACUCCCAAUCUCAGGAAUGGCAGCACAGACUUUUCGUGGUGGAGCCCCUCUUGCUCGACUCGCAGUCUACAAAGUUUGCUGGUUCAAUACUUGUAGCUGUGCGGAUGUUCUCAAAGCUUAUGAUGAUGCAAUUUUUGAUGGGGUUGACAUUAUUACUAUGUCUUUGGGUUCAGAUGAACAAAACUACUUAAAGAAUUGUUUCACAAUUGGAGCUUUCCAUGCUUUCAGAAAUGGAAUUCUUGUCUCGGCUAGUGCUGGCAAUUCUGGUGGAGUUUCUACCGUUUCCAAUCAUGCCCCAUGGAUGCUCACUGUUGCAGCUUCUUCAACUGAUCGAGACUUCGUUUCUGCUAUAAAUCUCGGCAAUUCAAGGUCUUUAAAAGGUUAUGGGCAGAACGAUAUUCAACUCAACGAUUAUUAUGAGGUUAUUGCUGCAAGUUCUGCUCCAAAUUAUGGUGUCUCAGUACAAACAGCAAGUGCUUGCAAAAGAAAUGCACUAAAUGAAGCAUUUAUUCGAGGAAAGAUUGUGGUUUGCACCUUAGAGAACUGGAAUGAUGAUAGAGUUGAGAAAUCAAACGUGGUAAGUGAAGCAGGUGGUGUUGGGAUGAUACUUAUUGAUCCGAGCAAUGACCGGAGUUCAAAUGUCUAUGUUGUUCCUACCUCUGUGAUUGUCGAUCAAGACGAUUUACAAGAACUCCAAGCAUACCUAGGCACUACGAAGCCAUUUGCAACCAUAUCACAGUCAAUAGCGCUACUUUACUCGAAUCCUGCACCAGAAAUGGCAACAUUUUCUUCUAAGGGACCUAGCAAUAUCACACCUGACCUCAUCAAACCGGACAUAACAGCUCCAGGGGUAAACAUUUUAGCAGCUUGGCCUCCACCAUCUGGAGCUAACAUAGAUGCUCCCACGUACAUAAUUUAUUCUGGCACUUCAAUGGCAUGCCCUCAUGUCUCUGGCGUCGCCGCGAUACUAAAGGCCUUGCACCCUCAUUGGAGCCCAGCAGAAAUACAAUCUGCAUUGAUGACAACAGCUUCACAAUUUGAUAACACUGGACAACGCAUACGAUCAGGCUCUAAUUUUGCAACACCUUUUGACCUUGGGUCGGGACAUUUAGAUCCGAAUGCUGCACUUAAUCCUGGACUUGUGUAUGACUUCAAUGUGGACGAUGUUAUUCUAUUUUUAUGUAACCACGGUUCAGAUGCAACGCAAUUGCAGAAUCUUGUGGGCAAGAGAAUUAUAUGUCCCAACUCACCAGUUAAUGUGAGCAAUUUCAAUUAUCCUUCCAUUGGGAUUGAUAAUUUAUCCGGUGAGACGUCGGUACUCCGAACAGUGACUUACCGAGGGAAAAAGGGUGAUCCCAAGAUUUUUAAUGUUUCAGUUCAACAUCCUGAAGGUAUUAGCCUUGAAGUACAACCAAAAACGCUUGACUUUUCGCGGGGUCAAACCAAAGCCAUUUUCAAGGUGAAUGUUUGGGUCAAUAAACCUUUGAAGAAAUUUGUUUUCGGAACCCUCACAUGGUUUAACGACGUUCAUAGAGUUAGCAGUCCGAUUGCUAUUAGAGCAUCCUGA